AUGCCACCAUCGACAAGAGCUGGACAGAUGGGAAGAGAUGAUGAUCAAGCGACUGCAGGAAAUGGACGAGAGGAAGGAUGGCUCACGCAGGUAGUCAGAAUCCUCCAGUUAGCAAACCCAGCACUAACGGCAGAGGAAGCAAUAGUAUGGGCCAUGGGUCUGGUCAACAUUAGCAACCAAGCUCCACGCGGGGAGACCGAAAAGAUCCCCAAGGACGUAUCAAGCUCCAUUGCUCACAUCAAGAAGCUCAGCGAUAGCAAUUGGCACACCUGGGAACCCACCUUUAUCGACUGCCUCCAGAGAGUGCACAAUGCGAAGGAAAUCCUGUACAGUACCAUUGUACCCGGGAGCAAGGAAUACGAUGAAGACCUAGACAAGGCACUCGUGGGCCUCAUCCACGCCUGCUGCAAUAACAGCCUGGAUAGCUGCAUCGACACCUACACCAUCAGAGGGGCAGAUGAAGAAGUUCAACUUGGCAGCACACUCUAUGCCAAACUCAAGAAGGCACUAACACUAAAUGACACUGUAAAGCGAGCAGGACUGCAGGAUCGUAUCCACACAGUGCGCUUGCACAAUCGAGACGUUGUCAGGCUAGGCAAGGAACUCAAUUCAAUCUGGAACGAUGCGGCACGCCUCAGAAAGCGUUUCGAUGAGGACCUCAAGAAAUCAACUCUCUAUCACUGCAUGGCUCAAGAUUGGUUCUAUGCCAACACCGUCAAUGCACUGAAUAUGGCCAGACCAGACUGUAAGUAUGACAAAGCCUACCACGUGCUCGCCAAGAAACAGCAGGAUGGUGAGAUCACUGGCCGUAUUAGAGGAGCAGCAAGGGUCGCCACAAGUGCGGAACAGGGGAGCGCCAACCAGGCAGAGCAAGGACCCAGGGGCAGGGGCGAGCGAUCAGCAUGCGACACCUGGAUCAUCGAUUCAGGUGCAACCCAUCAUAUGGUAAAUGAUGAGAGAAUGCUGCUCACCUCGAUGAACAAGGUUGGCCAAAUCAGUAUGGCAGGGGACGAAAAGCUUCAGGUGAAGGCUAUAGGAGAUGCCUCCCUUUGGGUUGGUGAGGCCACCAUCCAACUAUUGGAUGUGCUUUAUGUACCGAAACUGAAUGCUAAUUUAUUGUCUGUACAAGGCUUGAUCGAGAAUGGUGCACGAGUAAUCUUUGACGAAUUUGGAACUACCAUAAAGCAGAACAAUGGUACCCAAGUACAAUUCAAAAGGGACAGAAGACAGGGUCACUUCAAAGUGCGAGGACAAGCACUGGCUUUGGAGCUGGAGGAAACACGAGAUGAUGUCCCAGAGGACAACGAGAACACAGAAAGACUAGACAACAUCCCAGCAGACAACCAGAACACAGGAAAACUAGAUAAUGCCCCAGAGGGCAAUAAGGACACAAAGCAUCGAGACAGCUACCUAUGGCAUGAGAGCCAAGGAAAACAGACUCGAGCAUGGAUGGGCCAAUCAGAGUCGGCAAGAAUGGGAGCACCAUUAGAGCUGGUACACGUAGACCUGAUGACAGAUUUCAAAGGACACGCCAACUACCACUAUGCACUAGUUGCUGUGGACAACUUCUCCUCUCUAAUCUAUGUGGAACCACUCUGCACCAAGAGUGCUGCACUCACAGCACUGAGGAGGUGGAUAGCCAGGAUGGAACGGGCAACGGACAGGAAACUUAAAACACUCCGCAGUGACAAUGGAGGAGAAUGGUGCAGCUUAGAAGCUGAAGACUGGCAAACUCGGGAGGGUUUCAAGUGGCAAAAGAGUGUCCCGGGGAUCAGCAUCCAAAAUGGACGGGUGGAGAGAGCAAUCAGAUUGGUCCAAGAAAAGAUGUGCUCGAUGCUGAUUGGUCAUGCUUGCCCCAGAGAGUUGUGGCUGUAUGCAAUCACAGCAGCAGCACACAUUAUGAACCUUACCCUGUCAGCCACCAAGACCAUCCCCCACAAGGUCUUUUAUGGAACCACCACACACAAGCUGGCCCAGCAGCUGCAAGUCUUUGGAUGCUUGGCAUGGGUUCAUGUUCAACCGAAGGACCAGCAAGGCAAGUACAGGGCUAGAGCAAAGCCAGCCAUCAUGAUUGGGUAUGAUGACGAACACAAAGCAUGGAAGUUUUGCAACCCGGACCAGCCUGCGUCAAUUCAAUGGAGCAACUCAGCAACGUUCCAUGAGGACAAAGGAUGGAGUGAUCGCCAACAAGAGGCAGUCAGGCCCAUGGUGACCGUGGAGGUCGAGGAGGAGGGUGUCACGCCAGCCAUAGUAGAGGAGGAGACCAGAUCAGAGACCGCAGUGGAGGAUCUCCUACCAGCCGUAGACAGCACAGUGGGUGCCGCCAACACAGCAAUACUGAACCUGGACCCAACGCUUGGGGAAGCAAUGAAUGGUGAGGACGCCCAGCUCUGGAAGGAGGCAAUACGAAAGGAGCUAGAAGGACUUGAGGCAAUGGGGACUUGGGAGGUGGUGCACCAACCACCAGGAGUACCACUUGUGGACUCUAAGGUUGUGCUUCGGCUGAAGCUUGAUGCUGAUGGUGUACCUGUUAAGCACAAAGCGCGACUGGUUGCAAGGGGCUUCACACAGAGAGAAGGGAUCGACUACCAAGAAACCUUCUCUCCAGUAGCACCUCUCGGAGCAAUCAGAGCCAUCUUAGCACUGGCAGUGCAGAACAACUGGGAAGUGCAAGCUCUGGACAUCACUAUGGCUUACUUGAACUCCACAUUAAAGGAAGCAAUCUACAUGAAGCCACCGGAAGGAUCAGGAGUAGCACCCAGCAAGGUGUACAAGGUAGAGUGUGCUCCCUGCAUCUACACCAAGGGACAGGGUGAAGAUAUGGCCAUUGUGGUGAUCUAUGUCGAUGACACAUUAGUCAUAGCACCACGGCUGGAAACAGUCCUAAAGGUUAAGAAGCAGAUUGGUCAGAGAUGGAAGAUGGAAGAUAGUGGUGAGGUCUCUCACUUCCUGGGCAUCAAAAUCAGUCAAAACCGUGCAAUGUGCACCAUGAUGAUUAGUCAGUCAGGGUACAUUGACCAAGUGCUGGCAAAGCACCUGGACAAAUGUACAAAGCCGACCAUGGUUCCAAUGCAGAGCAUACUGGAGGGAACCCUUGUCACAAGUGCAGCACAACAGAGGGAGUAUCCGGUGAUUGUUGGCAAGCUGCUCUGGGUUGCCAACAGCACCCGGCCCGACCUUAGCCUUACUGUGGGUGUUCUUGCUAGACACAUGUGUGAACCAUCACAGGAGCAUUAUCAGGCAGCACAAAGGGUCCUAUGCUAUCUCGAAAGCACAAGGCAGGUUGGAUUGGUUUAUAGGGCAAGUGAGUCACAAGAGCCACUGGUCGCACACAGUGAUGCAAACUGGGCAAGCGAUGCCACCAUACAGAGAAGGAGCACAUCGGGGUCAGUGGCGUUAGUGUAUGGGAAUCCAGUAGCCUGGAAGUCAGCGACACAAAGAUGUGUGUCAUUGUCUGCUGUCGAGGCAGAGUUCAUUGCAGCCACGGAAGCAACACGUGAGGUGCUCUUCCUCAAGCAGCUGCUACGCUCAAUUGGCAUUGCCACAGGCACACCGACAGUCUACUCGGACAACACUGGUUGCAUACAGGUUAGUAAGGACCCAGCACAGCACUGGAAGCUUAAGCACAUCGACACCAAGUAUCACUUCAUCCGUAACAACGUCCAAGAGGGAAGGGUGCAGAUCAAGUACGUAGACACCACAAGAAACUUGGCAGACAUACUCACAAAGCCCAUUGGGAGACAGGCAAUGCAGCAAGCAAGAUCUGGGCUACACCUGCAAAUACCGGCAGUGGUGUACGAAACGGGGUCCCCAAGCUAUGCGACAGUAUUGAAGAACGGAGGUCACACCUUGAAAACAACAGCAUAA